AUGGAGGAGAUCGAGUGAGUUGGAGGAUGAAAUGAGGGAUUGUGGGCAAUCGUAGUCCAAGCUGAAGAGGACGACAGAAGAUAGUAAAAAGCGGAGAGAUUUUGUUGAAGCUCUAUAUUCCACUUGGAAUUCAAUGGAAUAAUAAUAAUGCAAAAGCUCGUAGAAGCGAUAUUGGAUAUUAGGUUUAUGCGGAAGGCGCGGAAUUGAGUUUUGAGGUCACACAGAUCGAUGGCUUCUCGGGUGGGUCACAGGCCGGAGGGCACGGAUGGCGCGGAUUUCCGUCACAGAGAACGAGUUUGUGCUCAGUACAGCCAGAGCCCUCUGUUGAAACGUCGUAUAAAAUUCGUUUAUAUCUUACACUUCAUGUUAUGGAUACUCAUGUUUGCGAGACUGUUCCCCGAAUUAUGUUUAAGAAUGGGAUUUAGAGCAAGACUUAUGGUAGAAAAGUGGCCGUUCCCUCAGGGCGAAUUAUGGGAAUAUGUAUGGUGCUUUGGCAGUAUAAUCCCUACAUUGUUUGGAUAUAUUUCACUGGGAAGAAGCCGAGCAGGGCUAAUGCGAAUUUCGUUGACGGGAACUGUUGUUUUCGGUCUUGGGUCUGUAACGGUUGGUUGUUUCAUGAACGCAUUCGAAUUAAUGAACUACUACCAAACUCGAGUGGCCAAACACUACUUUUAUGACUUUCCUGUGAUUGUUUUAGCCUACAUAUUCUUCUCUCUGUGUGUCCAGGUGCAUGGAUUCGCUGUAUAUUUCGGGUACAAACUCUAUUCCAUAUGGUCUGUUAAUACACGGAAAGUGCGGUGAUAUUUUUUUUUGACAAAUGAAUAUGUUUACCUUUUUUGUCUUUUAUGUCCUUUAUACUUGUGACUGCUAUAUUACUUUUAAGAUAAACUAAUUGUUAAAGUACUAAUUUAGUAAAGUCGAAUCAUUGUGUAUAGCAAAUUAUUGCAAAUACAAUACGACUGUAUUUUUUCCAAUAAGGUUUUCUACAUCUGCUCUAGAUAUGAAGUGGAUUAUGAAUAUCCAUUAGGAAGAAAUCAGGAGAAGCAGCAUUGUGCCUUCUGACUGAAAAUAUUUCUCAACAAGAUCCUUGGAAUUUAUUUCAGUUUUGUAGCCUUACUCAGUGGUUUUCAGCAUAAGCAUUAUAAUCUGAAGCGUUUAUUAUUAUACUGCAUUCAUCUUAGUCAUAAGAUUCAUAACUUUCCCUGCUGGUUAGGUCUUACUAUUUUUCGAAUAAGUUUUGUAAGCACUUUGAAUAACGGACUCUGCUUAAGGCAUAUACUGUUGAUGAGUCGUUUUCGAAGAAAUCAUUUGAUUAGACGUUGGUGAUAGUGUUAUGUUGAAUAUUCUUACAUUUCCGCUGCAGUUUUGACAGGGCUGUUGGGAGAUAAAAUCAGUUCAAAUUGUUUCGUGGAAACUUAUCAGGAACGGCAACACAACGUAAGUAAAAUUAAUAGACAGCAACGUAAAGAUGUUCAACACCUUUUGCGUCAUUUCUAGUUUUUAGUUUUCCAUUUACCAUCAUACGUGAAGUUUGACAUCGUUUAUAUUUUUUAAGCUACUUAAGAGGGUUUCUAACGCAAGUGUUACAAAAUUUGGCCAAGUUGUGGGGGAUAUUUGAUUGUAGAGUCUUCAUUAACAAACUUCAUUUUCAGGCAUAAAAGACAUCUGUGGUACUUAUCUUUGUGGACUUUCUUUCGGUAGGUCAGUAAUGAAAUUCUAAAUCAUUUUAAACAGUUUGUAGAUUGGAUUUCAGAGCAUGUCACAGUUUCAAACAGUAUCAUAGUAGUAUCAUCUUAUGCGAUGUUGAACGGCAUCUUAAUCAGUUGCACUUGUUCAUACUGAGAUUGUGCUUUCUCUUUCCAUUACCUGUUUAUUGUUUAUGGUUUUGUAUAUUCAACGAAGCCUAACGUAGUUACUGUUAAUUGUAAUGUCUGUUUAGUUCCUACUUAAAUUUAAGUAUAGUAGCAGAGUAAUCGGAUUCCUUUCCAUAAAUCCUUAUCAUAAAUUUUGUGAUUUUUUCGUUUAUAUCACUAUAAUAUUGUUUACGUUGCGUUCCAUCUGGUGUCUUUCUUGUCAAAAGUCAAGUGGAAAUACAAAUUUUCUAUAUGGCAUUCAUUUUUGUCCUUCUUAAAUUCUACAAAGCUAAUUUCUGUUGCUAUAAGUCCGUUAUUCGAGAACCGUCGCAGGUUUGGUGAUUCUCGCAUACGAACAUUCAGUUAUUCUGAACCUAUUAAAUCAUCACAGGAAAAGCAAAAUGUUGAGUGUAUAUAUUAGCAUUGUUGCCAAUUUAGAAACGGUGUGAAUUAUGUGCUACCCAUCAGAGUAACAACCACUAUGAAACAAUUUGUAAAUUUUUUUAUAGAGGAUGCAUUAGUCUUAUUUCAGCGGUUAGUUGGCACAACCGAGAAGGUAGGGAAAUUGUCCAAAUGUCAGAUAGAUUAUGGUUAUGACGAACUUCACUAUUUCGUUCGAUGUUCUCUUUGUAUUGACAAAUAAAUUUGUAAGAAGAGCUAAAAAUGGUCACGUUUUCAUUAAUAUUAUAAGUCUGUUAAGGGGAUCGGUUUGUGUUUGUUUCUAAUGGAUUGUUAGUAAAAUACAGUUUACGUCUAGAUACAUCUAAACAUCUUUUCCAAGUGUGUUGUAGUUUAUUACUUUUGCCAAAGAUUGGGUAUCAAUAUCGCAUUUAACUGUAUUCUCUCUUCCACUUAUACUGGAACGCCUCGUUCUAGAAUUAUUUUGAUGGUAAAUGACAGAAUAUUUUUUAGGGUUUCAUCUUGACAAGUAAUGAAUUUAUUUAUAUUUAGUAACUAAAUACAUUUGUACGCCUUUCUUUCGCUAAACUAUCCUUUUUUUGUAAAAAGUUUCAGUUUAUUGGAGACAGAGAUCCUUUAAGCAUCCAUAUGAGGUAGAAAUGUAUACCUAACAGUUCAUUAGUUAUUGAAUGGAGCAGUUUUUAUCAAAGUGUUUCUUUUCAACAUCAUUACCAUAUGCCUACUUAGCCCUAUAUUUCUCAAUAAAUUAUUUUACUGCUGCAGAACUGUUAAGCCAAGUUAUACAUCUUGGAAAAGGGAGUUCAAUGUAAGCAAAAUAAAUUUCACGGUUGUCGAGAAAAGAAGAGAUAAUGGAUGUUAUUCACUUUUAUUAAAAUUUUGAAUUUAUAGCAAUAAUGACAAAAUAAGAUAUUGUUGGGGUGCAGAUAAAGAAGAGACUUGUAUAGAUUUCUGUAUAACACGAGGA